AUGCAUUUUAUUUUUCUCCGUCACGCUGCUAGAGCAGACAAAGAGGUUCAUCUGAGUGAUGAAAAUUUUCGCCCGGAUUUGAUUAAUAACGAUCCAUCCUUUUGGUUGGCAGCAUAUGAUCCGCCUCUCAAUUCUUUGAUUGCUGCGCAACAAGUUCAGCGUGCGUUUAAAAGGGUAUCAUCCAGUAUUAAGAGUUUGAAGCCUGAGGGUACACCGUCAGAAAUAAUCAUACAUUCUUCUCCUUACAAUAGAUGCAUUCAAACUUCUGAAUACUUGGCGAGUCAGAUCGUAGCAUCUAGCUCAAAGUUGAAGCACAAUUUGAAACUCAGGGUUGAUCAAGCAUUAGCAGAUUGGCUCAAUGAAUACUAUCAACUUGAGUUUUUGCCUCCGAACGACGGCGGAUCAUCUCUCAUCAGCAAUUUCAAUAGCUACAUCGAGUCUGAGCAAGAUACAAAAUUCCAUUGUCAAUCGCACAACUUUCGUUUAAAAUCUAUAAGAGACACAGGUUGGCUGUACAAUAGAUUGGGAAGGUGCGGUGACUAUGGCGAAUCUCCAGAUGAUUUCCGUUCUCGCUGCUUCAGUUAUUUGAGUAUGCUCACCCAAUUUUAUCAAGACUCUCAAUCUUCAGAUAAAGGCAAGAAUACAGUUGUUUUUGUUGUAUCACACGGCGCUGUGAUUUCGAUGUUCCUGCAGAUAAUCACAGCCAAAUCUUUGUUCAGCGAGAUACCUCUUUGCACACCAAUAUACCUGAAGCGCAAUGAUACAAAAAUGACGUAUUCUCUGGUUGACUACGAUUUCAAUCUUAGUUCAAUUUUAGGAUCUCUGAAUGAAGGUGAACUACUUCCACUUUUACGCACAGAAUUUCUUUUAGGAGCGAGCUCUGGCAAUUACGAUCAGCAUGGCAGCUGGGAUGUUGAGAGAUCGACUGCUGUUUAUCACAGCUCUCAAAGUCAGAGAAAACGGAGCAGGACAAUUAACAUAGCACGUACCAAGUCUUCAGAACAAUUGAAUGGGAAUUUACCAUUAAGGCAAGUCAAAUCAUCAAAACAUUUACAACUUCUGAACAAGGAUACCAAUCAGACCAAAAUAUUGGAUUUGAAUAAACUAGAGGGUUUUCUUGGAGUUGAUUCUGACUCUGAUGAUGAGACAUUAGAGGGGGCAUACUUGAGAAAUGACGCUUCAGCUAGAGCCUCGUCAGUCAACGUAUCCUCAUUAUUAUCGAAAAAAAAUGUACAGCAGAUUUCCAAUAGAGAAGAAGGAGCGUGCGACAAGGAAUUCAAAGCUGAAGCCUGCGAGAAGACAGAUCAAUCAAAAUAUUUUCUCUUUGAUCGAGACUUUGAACACGGAGAAGUUACAAGCUGCUCCACUUCUAUAAGGGAAAAGCUGCAUACUUCUACAUUCGACAGAGUGAAAACUAUGAGUGUUGACCAAAGUGUCUUCUCAAAAACAAGAGGAGAGACGAAGUUGAACUUUACCAAUUUUGCGUUCCCGGGUGGCUUGAAUGAUACAGAGUUAGAUCAUUAUGAUCUACAGAAAAUUCCAGAUCACGACAUAAGAUCAUCACGUCCGUUGAAUUACUCAGUUCGGGAUAUACUAUUCGCACAAAUUGAACAUGUCGACAAAGUUGAUGAAGAGUAUAGUUGGUUGGGGGAGAACAAGGAUAAGCCAGUAUCGGGCUGA